UCAGUUCGUUGAGUGAUUCGGUACUGUUUGGUUCUGUAGGUGGAUCGUCAUCGUCUCCGCGUUGUAUCUUCCUCACAUCGGUUCUACACGAGAGAAGGCAUAUCACAAUCCUCUUGCGACCAAAAUCGUUCGGAGAAAAUAGCAACCGAUCAUAACCUAGUGUGGUGUAGGUUGUAAUCCCAGCAAAAGUGAGAAAUUAAAAGCUACGACUGGAGUCGAAUUUCUCUAAGCUUUCCAGUGCUGAAACCCCCGUGUCUAAAUCGUGGUGUGGUCUGUCACAAAAUCAGUCUUCUAGUUCUGCAAGGAAUUUUACUUGUCUUGAAAUAGUUUGAUAUUGAUCAAGUUCACGGCCCUAGAAGAAUCGUUUUUGCAUGUUUCUUUCGUUGGCGGGUUGAAAACGCCUUGUGUAAUCAUUUGCUGUGAACAAGUGGAAGUCAUCCGAAUAUUCUGAUUUGAAAGUCAGUCAGUUGUAAAAAAAGUUGUGACUCAUUCCUGCUUAAAUUCCAAUUCCGGCUUAACACGUCAAUAGACGAUCGAAGAUGCUGAUCAAAGAGUUUCGAGUGACGUUACCGUUGACGGUUGAGGAGUAUCAAGUAGCACAGCUGUACUCGGUGGCUGAGGUGUCAAAAAAUGAAACGGGCGGCGGAGAAGGCAUAGAGGUGUUAAAGAACGAACCAUUCACCAACCAUCCACUUUUGGGUGGAAAAUAUUCCUCCGGACAGUAUACGUACAAAAUCUACCAUCUGGCAUCAAAAGUGCCGGCAUUUAUCAGGCUGCUGGCACCCAAAGGAUCUCUGGAAGUACACGAGGAGGCUUGGAAUGCGUAUCCCUACUGCCGGACAGUAAUAACCAAUCCCAAAUGGAUGAAGGAGAAAAUGAUCCUGAUGGUGGAGACACUGCAUGCCGAGGGAGAUGGAGAGAUGGAAAACGCUCACGAACUGCCGGCAGAAAAGCUGAAACUGCGUGAUGUAGUUCACAUUGACAUUGCCAACGAUCCUGUGACUGCCGCUGAUUACAAAGAAACGGAGGAUCCUACUAAAUUCAAGUCGCAGAAAACUGGCCGUGGACCGCUGGUCGGACCCGAUUGGAAGAAAAAGGUCCAACCUGUGAUGACCUGUUACAAGCUGGUCACCUGUGAGUUUAAAUGGUUCGGGCUGCAAUCGAGAAUAGAAAGUUUCAUCCAGAAAUCUGAGCGAAGACUGUUCACGAUUUUCCACCGACAAGUGUUUUGCUGGAUGGACAGCUGGCACGGUCUAACCAUGGAGGACAUCCGUGAGUUGGAGGACAAAACCAAAGAGGAGCUAGACAAGCAGCGCCAUCUCGGCGAGGUCCGCGGAAUGCGUGCCGAAACGGAUUAGACGUAAGAUUUUCGGUAUUUGGAAGAAACAGAUCACACCAUCCUGGUAUAUAUAUAUAUAGAAAGUGGGAGCAGUACAUAGCACUGGAUGAGAGGUAUAGACAUUAAAUCUAUUAAAUGAAAAUUAACAGAGAAGAAAUAAAAGAAAUACAACAGUUAUUAAGCAAAGAAAGAAUACAAAAAUCUACUACAGCAGUACACAACAUUGAGACUUACUCCAAAACCUUCACGUACACACACAGAGACACUUCUAGACAUGCAUAGACACAGGAAAUAACUGUAUUAGGAUUCAUUUAGGAUGCCACGAGCAAAUCUAAAGCAAAUGCAAUGGGUUAUGUUUAGGGCGAACCGGCCAAGCAAAAACAAAACAAACAAACAAAAAAAUAGCACGUAGCGUGUAGCUAUGAUGGAUGCAAACUGUUAGGCGUUAAUAUUCUGAAUGGUGAAGAAGCAAAACAACAACUAGACAAAUAGGAUAUAACAAUCAGUUUCCUUCUUAUUUAUGAAGUGAAAGAGCAUUACAGUUUAAGUUAGAUGCGAGUAAGCAUGGGUGGUCCAUGCGAGGAAAUAGUCAAAUUUGUUUUAAACAUAAUGUUAAUUUAUGUCCAUCGCACCUAUUGUAAAACUCGGAUGUUUUUAUUUUGAUAUUUAGUUGACGCAUACAGACUCGCAUUUGUAUUCUCCUGAUUUGUUUUAACGGUAACAUCAUAUUUAAAUGGCAGACCAGAGUGAGCAUUUCGUGCUCAUGCGUGCGUGAGUAAAUCAAAAUCCAAAAAGGCAUACAGCGAGUGUGAGAGCUAUUUUAGUUCGAUCGGAGAGAGAGAUAGAUCCGAUCGAUUUCGGUGCGCAUGUAGUUUCAGUUCUAGUAGGCAAAGUUAACUAAAACAAAUGUAAACAAAUCGAUUCUUUCCAUUAACAUUAAUGUGGUUUAGUGGAGAAAUGCAGUGUCCGGGCGACCGAUGGAAAUUGGAAACCGAAUAAUCAAUUUGUGAGUUCUGCCGUUCGCAAUUGCAGGCGCCGGAAUGUUUAAUAUGUUAUUCGGUAUAUAAAAACUAUAAAACGCUGACGACGAAACAUACUAUUCAAAAAAAAACGAUUUGUUCCGGCGAUAAACUUGGUAAACGUUAUGAAAUUAAACAAUGAAGUUCGAGGAAAA